ACUAGUAUUAGAAUACUUUAUCUACUUAGGUGAAAACCAUGUGCGAUAUUGGAGAUAUUGUUCUUCCCGGCGAUAAAAUAGACAAUUUUGUUCAGUCUAAAGGCAAAGUACUAUUAGGACCUGGUUUACAAAGGGAUGGGGAAGAAGUUAUAGCAGUAAGGCCAGGAAUUUUUAAGUAUCGCGAACCUAAUAUUUAUUGGAUUGAAAGUCAUCAAAAAAGAUACGUCCCAUCAAAAGAUGAAGAUGUAAUUGGCGUUGUUACAAAUGCUAAAGGGGAACUCUUUAAGGUCGAUAUAGGAUCUAGCGAGCAGGCCUCUUUAUCCUACUUAAACUUUGAAGGAGCAACAAAAAGAAAUCGUCCUGAUGUGAAAAAUGGAGAUUUAGUCUAUGCUAAAUUGUCUAUAGCUGAUAAACAUGCUGAAUGUGAAUUGACCUGUGUUGAUCGGGAUGGUAAAAGUAAAGGAAAAGGAUGCCUUCCAGAUGGAGGCUUUAUGUUCCAAGUGCCUCUACAUUUAGCUCAUAAAUUAAGACAUCCCGAUUGUCCGUUACUUAAGUAUAUUGGCAAGGAGACAGCAAUGGAAGUAAUAGCAGCAAUGAAUGGUAGAGUAUGGAUAAAAUCAAGAUCAGCUAGGGAAACCAUAGCAAUAGCAAAUGCUAUAUCAGCAGCAGAAUUUUUGAAUUAUGAUAAAAUGAAAGACUUUGUUGAUAACUUCAUGAAUGAAUUAUAUUUAGGAUCGUCUUGAAAAAUAUUUAUUUUCAUUGUUUUUUAUGUAAAUGUAA